GGGUUUUAAAAAUUUACUAAUUUAAAAACACGGAAAUUGAGGAUUUGAAAAUUUGGAAAUUUCCUAACUUGAAAACACCAAAAUCUGCAAGUCUAAUUAAAAAAUUUUCCUUCCCUAUACCCCCUAUGUAAAUACAGUGCUAACCACAUAUGUACAUAAUUUCAAACAUCACAAAUGUAAAAUUACAUUUUAAAAAGCCCAAAUAUACUACACAUUUUUCUCCCCAUUUUCCGUUUACCUACAUACAACUUUUUCUACAUAACCUAAAAGGGGUGCACCCUACCCAAAUAUCAUAAAGGGGGUCACACCUCGACUGACUUUGAGCACCACUGCUAUAGAGAAUAGGAUAACCCUAGAGAGAAGGAAGUCCGCGGUCCCAUGAAGAAAAGAGACAAACCUACAAGAAGAAGAAAGGAAUAAGACCCGAUAUGGUCUGACGAAGAAGAAAAGUAAAAAGAGAGGUAUCAAAAAGAGCAAGAGAGAGAAAGUACUGAAAAAGCGCGAAAGGGAGGGAGGCAAAAGAGAGAUGGACAGAAAGAGCGUGAAUUGGAGGUUUCGAGCCGCGCCUCCUACCUUCAGGGCCCAUGUAUCCACAGCUCGGCACUGUUGACGACGGAGCACCCCAUGGAAGGGGAAAGGGAAUUACGGGGAACGUGGUUUAGGCAAGAACGAUCGUCCGUAGUCGUAGUCGGGCCGCGAUUCGAGCGAUGUCGUGUGUCCAACCCUUUUCAUCCGCCGUGUUUUUCUCGCAACGCGUGGAUCAUAUUUGACCCCGUACUAUUCGUUUGUAAACCGAGCAUGCGAGUACGAACGUUCGACUACGGCUGAAAAAUAACGAGAACUGCGGACCAAACACGUGUUUAUCCGGUGCGUGUCGCGCACUAACCGUGUCAUCCGUCAACCAGGAGCUCAUGAUGUUCGCGGUGGUGUGUUAGUUUCGGUGAACCGUAUUCCCAGUGAGAAAUAGUGAUUUUCCCCCAGCGAAAACGGAACAGGGAUACGACGGGCAUCAAAAGGGAAAAAGUGGCGGAACAAGAAGACUGGAAGGAAAGUGUGCGCAGCGUUUGUGGAUGCAUGAGGGUCUCAUGGCUACCGGAUUGGUAAAGUGGUGGCGGGCAAGGUUCCUCGCUGGUUAUAGACCCUUUUCUGUUGUUGGUAACACGGAAGGUAGCGACUCUGAAGAACUUCUUGCUGGUGUCUCAGCACCUUGCAGCGGUUCACCACCGGCGUCACAACCAAUUUUAUUGGAAACAGAAACACCGCAGGUCGCGGUUGACGCUUCGACCAGCCCCACACUGGCCACCGGAAAUGACGAACAACCGAGUGCUAGUACCACUAAGCAACUUAGUUUCGAGGAAUUCGAAUGCGACGUGUCGGUAGCAGAAGGCGACCGAAAGCGGCAAGAAUUCUCGUUCACCCUGUACGACUUCGACGGCCACGGGAAGAUAACAAAGGACGACAUAGCUGGCUUGGUCACUACCAUUUACGAUACCCUGGGUGCCUCCAUCCAGGUACCGCCGUGCGGCAGUAAGACGAUUAAGGUGAAAUUGACUGUGUCGCCGGAUCAGAGGAGCAGCCAGCCAAGGACCGGCUGUUUGAACGCUUCUUCGCAGCCGACCACCAGCUUUUCCGGAAAUUCGUCCUGCUGCCAUUUGAAGCACGCGUCCUGCAACAAUACGACGGCCGCCGCUCACACCACGACGACAACAACAACAACAACGGCGCACGGUUUACGCAGAGUUCCUAGAAGGAGAAGGGUGCUUAGACACCGUUGCCAGAACGAACAGAAAGAAGUGGACACUCACAGCGAAGAUGAGGGUGAAAACGCGCGAACGAAUCGAAUAAAGCAGGAGGAAUUACGCAGAAGGGUGGGGCCCGUACCUCAUUUACCGUCACCCUAUUCCAAUAGCUCCGAGGGUGAUAUCAGCGACGACAGUGACGUUUCCCCGGCAGUUUCCCCCUUGGCGCCUCUCCUCACGACUAAUCAACGAAAACGCAGUGGUGCCUUACAAAGGCAACAACUCUUGGAAAUCAUUCAGGCGAACAUGGAAAAGAAUAACCUCAGUUUUCAUACGUCAAGGAAACGGCAUCAGAACGAGCAACUGCGCGUUCCAUCACAGGCUCCUCACGUCGAGUCUGCGGCGCACUAUAAUCAGGAGUGUCGAUCGCCAUCGGAGCCUCGGCCUACGCCGACUGCGUACCACAAGCCGACACGGGAAAAGCCUCAGGGUUACACGACCUUUUCCAAGGUGCCGGCAAAGUCACGGGGUAAUCUGAGGAAAUCCCGGACGCAGUACGGUCUUCAGAGGAAUAACACCGCGGUGCAGCCACCUCGAGCCUACGUGCAGCCUCAAGUUCUUCCUCGUAGCAAUCCCAACGCGUACGACCAAACCAAUCGCAAUGUCGGUAAUCUGAUACCGAACAGUCAGCAUCCGAUCAAUCAGACACCGCCGAACAAUCAUAAUGUUCAACGCAACGAGACGACCGCGCAGUUCGGACAAACGCAGCAACAGUGCGGUAAAUCGAGCAAGAAACACCAGCUGAAACACGCGACCAGAGAACAGGACCAGGCCAGAGCCAUGGUCCAGGUUGUCCGCUGGUUGGAGAGAGAGUUCUCGCAGAACGCGGCUGCCAGCUCCGGUCGCAAACACGUCCACGAACACAUUCAUCAUCAUUAUCAUCAUUACCACACAGAGGCUCUUGUUUGAUCCGUUCGUCGCUCAAAGGACACUCGGGGCUGAUAUUCGCGGUAUGCUGUUGUUCUGAAUCGUAUACGACCGGUGAAAGUUGACCACUUCAAGCUUUAUGUAUAAUAGUUUACUUCUUCGUGUGUUCGGAGUAUAUUUGCGGAUCGAUUAACACUUUCGCCGCGGACCGAGGUGUAUUUGGUGGGUGAACGGAACAAGUGGAAUCGAUGUUAAUGGGUUAAUACGCGUCUGGUAAGUUGGCACGCGGAGCGGUAAGACUCGUAUUGUUUCCGAGCGCCAACUUACCGGACGUAUGGUACCGGAUUCAAUUGAUAUUAAUGCGCAUUUUAUGUGGAAUUGCGACUCGAACGUUUUGGGUUUGUGGAAUUUCGAGUUUGAAGCACUUUCAAUUUUUUAUGUGCUUCAUAUUUUGGGCAUUUCGAGUCUGCAGAUGUUCAAGUAUAAGUUCUAAACUUGAGGCAUCAAAGCCUCAUACGUUCAAGUUAAAAGGUUCUGGAGUUUCAGAUGCUUCAAGUUUGAGACAUUUUAAAUUUGAAGCAUUUCAAGUUUGAAGCUUAUCAAGUUUUCUUCUUAUAUUUUAAGUUUGAGGCAUU